AGCUCAAGCUUUUUUCAAUUAGAACCAAAAAAAACCCUCAUAGAAGUCUUUUAAAACUUCUCCCAAAGCUUGUUUAUAAUAUCUAACUAUUAUCUGAGAUUUGACUCAACGUUUUGCCGCGUAGGAACUAGAUUUUUUUUUUUUGGCGCUUAAAAACGGUGUUGUCACACAUUGACUUUUUCUUGCCUCAUCAGACUCUUAUUUAAUCUUCAGCAAUGUUUCCAGAGACAAACAAAGGUUACAGCUACGAGGACUGCAAGGCCAUUGCAGAUUGGCUGCUGGCCCAGACAGACGUCCGACCCGCAGUGGGCAUCGUGUGCGGGUCAGGGCUCGGAGGGCUGGCUGACAUGUUAAAGGACCAGGUGGCCUUCAACUACAAGGACAUCCCCAGCUUUCCACAGAGCACUGUGCAUGGACAUGCAGGACGGCUAGUGUUUGGCACACUGAAGGGGAGGCCGUGUGUUUGCAUGCAGGGGCGCUUCCACCUGUAUGAAGGCUACCCAAUCCAGAAGAUUACACUGCCCAUGCGAAUCUUCAAGCUGCUCGGUGUGGAGACCGUGAUGCUGACCAACGCAGCUGGAGGCCUCAAUCAGGACUUUAAAGUGGGAGACAUCAUGAUCAUCAAAGACCACCUCAACAUGCCCGGCUUCGCUGGCAACAAUCCUCUGUCCGGACCCAACGAUGAGAGGUUCGGCGUACGUUUCCCCUGCAUGUCCGACGCAUACGACAGGGAUCUGCAGCAGAUGGCCAUGGAUGUGGGACAGGAGCUCGGCUAUGGAGACUUCCUGAAGGAGGGCGUCUACUGCGUGCUGGGCGGGCCCUCGUUUGAGACCAUUGCUGAAUGCCGUAUGCUGCACAAACUGGGCGCUGAUGCUGUCGGCAUGAGCACAGUCCACGAGGUUAUUGUUGCACGUCACUGCGGCAUGCGCGUCUUCGCCCUCUCGCUGAUCACCAACCAGGCGGUGAUGGACUACGACAGCGAGGAGAAGGCCAAUCACGAGGAGGUCCUUCAGACAGGAAAGCAGCGAGCGGAGCAGCUGGAGCGGCUGGUUUCCACCAUGGUGACCAGGAUUGAGCACAACAACAACAACUACGCCUAAAGGACGCCUUGCUUCAUUAGGGCCUUGCUUCAUUAGGGCCUUGCUUCAUUAGGGCCUUGCUUCAUACUAGUCAUAAACCAGAUUUUAGCCGCGUAGUAUCUCUAAAGGAGACUUAAAGUGGUAAUGGUUCAUAUUUAACGCUUUUCUACCAAGGAAAAUCCCACUCAGUUUAUUAUUAAGGUGAGGAGUUUGGGCUGCUUUUAAUCUUAGGUCAAAACAUGAUAACAUCGUAGUCAUCUGAAAAAUCUCACUUAUUCUAGAAAUUUAAAGAACGCACACAACCUUUGUUUUCAUGUCACUGUGCCUUAUCUGACAUCGUACAUUCCUCGGCUAAGCGGCUCCAGAUUAAAAAGUCACUUCUAAGUUUUUUUUUUUUUUGUAUCAUUUUAAAAACGAGGCGUAUUUGUUCUAACUUAAUAUAUGAUCAUCUUGUAUAAAUGUCUGCAAUUUAACUUAACAAUGAGCCAAAAUUUGCUGUAAAGAUCCUAAUAUUACGUUGUUGAAAUGUGUACAUUAGUAAGGUAUUUUACUGUGCUUGUUUUUUUAAUAUAUAUGUUGUUA